AUGGUCGGCUUCCCACUUCAACACCCCAAGACCCGCGAAUUGACAGGCGGUGACCUUUUGGCACAAUCCUUGAAAACCCUUGGUGUAGAGGUUGCAUUCGGGCUCCAUGGCGGUCACUUGGAUGCAUUUUUAAUGGGAUGCGAGGAUAUAGGAAUUCGUUUGGUGGACACUCGACACGAAACGGUUGCCGUGCAAGCAGCCGAGGGUUAUUGCCGAAUCAGUACCAAGCCUGGAGUAUGCUUUGUCACGGCAAACAGUGGGUUCUCGAAUGGGCUCCCUGGCUUGGCCACUGCCUAUGCCGACCGCAGUCCGAUCCUCUGUAUAACUUCCUCGCCACCGCUACGGGAUACCGAGAACAAUUCACUUCAGGGGUCGAUAGAUCAGGUAGUGGCUGCGAGACCAAUUACCAAGUUUGCUCAUCGACUUGUCACGCCGGAGGAAUGUCCAAGGAUAGUGUCUCAUGCGCUCCGAGUUGCUCAAUCUGGGCCUCCUGGGCCCGUCCUCCUUGAUUUCCCAAUUGACGUUCUGUUCUCCCCGAUUCAUACAAGUCUUAUUUCUUGGGGAUCAAUCAAUUCACCUCCCUCGUUCCCUCCAGCCCCCCACACCGCAGCCGUUGAAGCGGCCGUCAAGUUGUUGGGGGCUGCCCAGAGACCAGUCAUAAUCACAGGAACUGGGGCAAGGGGUCAACAGGCACGCCGUCAACUUUUCAAACUAGCCGAGGACUGCAGCAUUCCAGUGUUCAACACGUCAAAAUAUGCCUCUUUCACUCCAUCAUCGCCGAUGCUCUCCCAAGCCACAGCAGGAACUCUAGCAACACUUCCCUCGGUAAAUCUAGCACGCCCUGAUUUGGUCGUUCUCUUAGGCGCGCGAACAGGGAUGUUUCUAGGUGGGCGAUCGGGCGCUAUCAUUCCGGACAAAGAGUGUAAACUCAUUCAAGUCGACUGUGAUGGGAGUGAAAUCGGCCGCUCUCUUCCGGUCGACCUUGGCAUUGUCUCGGAUGUUGAAGCUUUUAUCUCAGCAGUGAACGCAGCUUUGGCUUCGACUGACGCUACGAUUAACGAUCAAUCGUGGGUACAAUCAAUUCUUGGAUUAGCGUCAAUGGAGUCACCAUACGAAAGGGAGCCACAGGUGACAGCUUCCGGACGCCUCCAUCCAUACCAUGCUGUGAAGAAUCUCGUCUCUGGAAUAGAGCCCGGUAGUAUCAUCGUCUUAGAUGGUGGUGAAGCUUCAGCUUGGGUCGGUGAUCUUGCCUCACGCUGUCAACCGCAUACAGUCAUGACUGCCACCGGUUAUUUAGGCUUCUUGGGAAAUGGAUUUGGAUACACGCUGGGUUGUGCCAUUGCAGCCCCGGAUCGCAAAAUUGUCAACAUUCAGGGCGAUGGCUCCGCUGGAUUUCACUUGAUGGAGCUCGAUACUUACAAGCGAUUCGGAUUAAACAUCAUGACUGUCGUUGUGAACAACUCGAGCUGGGGCAUGAGUUCCAAUGGACAGGAUCUCGUCUACGGAACUGAUCAUCCCGCGCGACCUAUUAGCGCUCUAAGCUCGGCGACUGAAUACGAUGUUGUCGCCACGGGCUUGCAAGUUGCUGCUGCGAAGAUCUCUCGCAUUGCAGAUAUCCAGAGUACGGUCACCAAGUUCCAGGAACAAUCGGGUCCAAGCUGCAUUAACCUCAUUGUGGACCGAAAGCCAGUUCAUCCUAUCACAACCGCUAUGAUUGGGCUCACUGAUGACCCUAAUUUGGUGGUGGUGCCUUACUACGACAAUAUUCCUCGAACGUUUUAUAGGUUGUAA